GCCAUUUUUUGUGUUGAUCAGUGUUGACGUUAUUGACGUUUAUCUAGCGUGAGUUUGGAAAAUUGUGUCUCAUUCCAGUCAACGAUGGACGAAGCAGCGUCAAGUUCGUCGUCCUCGCAGUCCGCGAAAUAUGAGGAAAUGCUGAAACGACUCAAAAAACUCCACACCAAGAGGAAUGAGGCCAGAAUGCAGAACCACAAGGAAGUCGUGGAGGAGGAUAAGAGGAACAAGCUGCCUACCAAUUGGGAAUCCCGCAAGAGACAGGCAGAAUGGAUAAUGCAGGACGAAGCUGCCAGAAAAGAGGCAGAAGCUAAGGGUGAAGACUACGAACGAAAAAAAUUGUUGAAUAUUGAUGCCACUGAAGCAGAAAGAAUAGCUAGGAAGAAGAAAAGUAAACAGAAUCCCGACCCAGGUUUCUCAGAUUAUGAACAAGCAGCGAUACGUUCUUACAAUAGACUAGUGAAAAACAUUAAACCGAAUAUGGACACAUACGAAGAAGCAAAGGAAAAAUUAGGCCCUGCUUUUUAUGGCGAUCCAAAUACAAUAUUACACGGUUUACACGAAGACAAGAAGAAAGCGAUAGAUAAAAUGGUCACCAAUCUAGAGAAGCAGAUCGCAAAACGGGAGAAAUACAGCAGGCGUAGAAUGCACAAUGAUGACGCGGAUAUUGAUUAUAUCAAUGAACGUAACGCCAGGUUCAAUCAGAAACUGGAGAGAUUCUACGGCGAGUAUACUCGGGAAACGAAAUUAAACUUGGAGAGGGGUACGGCUAUAUAAUGAGAAAACGUUGGUGUAAUUAUCACAAAUACUUGUAUUUUAUGUAAUAUACGAUGACUUUUUAUAUAAAUAAGAAUCUG